GUCACACGCCCACCGUUUUACGUAAAUUAGUUCCGCUCCAGUGGACGUGCAUCGAGCGUCACGUGGCCCCACGCUCAUCCGCCCUCAAAACCAUGAGAUUGUGCGGAGCUUGACACUUCUUCGCUCCUCAACAACUUCAUCUGAGACACACAUCCAACUCAAUACUAUAACAUCAACAACACCGCCAAUGUCCACCACCGCAUACAUGCCCUUCCUCGUAUCGACCCCGCAGCAAGAAUGGAUGUCGGAGGAAAUGCGCAGGGGGGAGUUCUUUCCCCCGCCGCCUACUGGGAGCGGACAGAAGAACGGCUCACGGGGCGGGAGUCGACAAAGCAGCACACCGAGUACACCGAAUCCGGAGGCAGUCCCGCGCGAGCAGAGACAGGAUCCGGUCACUCAAGCGUCAGUCACGCAUCCCCAAGUUGGUGCACCACUGAAUCCCCUCUCGCACUCCCCGCUUACGCAGAUGAGCCUGCCAUCGAAUUCGACGUUGUCAUCCAGCCUGUCGCAGCUAUCUCCCGCCGAGGAACAUGGCUCGGAGACAAUGAUACCGCCGUCCGGCACUAGCGAUUCUCCCCGCGCCACCCGAUCGGCAUCUUCGAUAGUCGAGUCACAUACGCCCAUCUCGCAUGCAUACCCGGCUUCCUGGGGUGCGCAGUCGAAGGCUCAAGAAGUGAAAGCGGACGUUCCGGUACAAAGCCCUCUCUCGGACGAAUCCCGAGAGAUCGACAAGACGCAGACAAGGUCAAACGUGCCACAGGACUCCAAUGCUUCCACAACGGCGCUACACGGGUCGGUUGCGUCGGACUCGUCAGCAGUGGCACCUUCAGCAGCUGUCGCAGGCUCCCAUGUUUCUGAUGCAGAGCUCAUUGGAACAGCAGAUGCGCCCGGUCUAUUGGACCGCACACCUGUCAUGUCGCCGUCCGACACGCCCGACUACAUUUCCCGUGGCGUGGCAUCCUCACUGUCGAUGGAUAUCCCGCCUCGCUCCGCGUCAGACUACUGGCGCCCAGAGACAUCGCAAACACCCAUCUCUGUCGUGCAGCGCGCAUCGCCCAAGCUGUUGUCAACGCCCAACGAGUCGGUCGACCUGCUCCAAAGCCCGGACGCCACAGCCCAGCCUCAGGUGUUGUCGUCGCCCCAGUCCAUCGACAGCGACCAGCAGAUGACAAGUGCGGAGUGGGCUACAGCCGCGAAUGUCGAUCCUUUUCACUUCACGUCGCUCACGCCGCAAGAGCUUUCCGAGACACAGCUAUCUACCAUGAUGUCGGCGCCGCAUGAGAGCUUGAGGACUAGCAGUUCGCUUAUGGCGCACUCGGAGCACGCGAGCGCGGGAUUGGUGCAGUCGCCUGGCGAUGCUCAGGUUGUUGCCGAUCCUGCGACUCCGAGCAGGGCACCGAUGGCUCCAGAGGAGACGCAGGCUCGCACCGCAUCGCGUGGCCACCCGGAUAUGGGACUUGUGCAGGGUGCUGGAGACGCGCAGGUCGUUGAUCCUCUCGACUCGAGCAUCGCGUCCACAAAUGAGGACAAGAACCGGCCCGAUCAAGACGUGGCGCUUGUGCGGUCGCCCGGGGAUCUUUCUGACCCUCUCGAGGCAUCGAUUGCACGGGGGAGAGACGGCUCGAUGACGGACAACCACGUGCUCGAACUGAAUGGGCCUGGUCACGGCAACACCAACCUACCCGAGGAUCUGUCCGCUGGGGGACUGGGUGAUGAGGCACCCGCGGAGGGUGCCGUGCAACCUGAGGUUGCGUCGUCGGACCGUGUUUUUGACCGUGAGGCGGCAAAUGCACAAAUGGAAAAGACUAGAAGAAAGUAUCAGCGAUUCGGGAACGUCGGUACCACUGCUGAAGAAGAAACUUCGGAUCGAACUCAUCCCCUGAAUGAAGCGCGUAUGGGGCUAGUGCAAUCGCCCGGUGACGCUCAAGUCACGCAUCCUCUGGGGCCCCCAAACGAUCCCGAGGAUGAGAAGCAAGAGCAUCGACGCUUUGGUUCGGGAACAGGACUAGUGCAGUCGCCAGGAGAUGCCCAAGUCCCCGACCCUCUCGAGUCCACCAGUCACACUCUUCCGAAGCCACUUGUGCGGGAUGUGGCGGACACCGGACUGGUACAGGAUUCGCAAGGUGCUCCAGGAAUGACAUCCGGAGCCAGUCAGACGCGGAGCGACCAGUCGCUGGAGCUCGGCCGCGACAAUCAUGGCAUGACGACCUUAAGUCAAGGUCUAUCAUCCAAAGACCCUCGUGAUGAGACACAGAGGCAGGAUGAUGUGCAGCCAGGCGCUACGGUGUCACCUACGACUCCACCUGUUCGUCCGGCCCCGGAUGUCGUCGACUCUACCAGCAGCAAGCAUCAGCGUGCCUCGGAAGCCAAUGUCAGUGCAGACAGGGUGGAUGGCUGGGCUGAGCAAGAUACAUCCUCGGUGUUGCCCAACACCCCACCGAUCAACUCACUACCGUCUGGCAUUGCUGAGCAUCUACAAGACCGCGAGGGAACGACUCCCGCUGUGUCGUCGGGAGUCCCGGACACCGCGCCGUCCGACUCUCUGCUGCCGGCUGUGGUUGGGCGCCUCCACCAACAGGGCGAGGAGACGCAUGGCGAGAAGAUGCCCGCCUCCGCGGACGGCCCACCCGCGCCGGCGAAACAUGUGACGACGAUAGGUCCAGAUCAUCCCGUCUCCCAUGGAGAUCACAGCGCCACGGCCGAUCAUGCUCAGGGCCCUGUAGCCGAGGCCGCUGCGACCCAGGACCAGCCUCGCCAGCCUCGCUCUCGGCCGCGGUCGCCCCCGCCCCCGCCGAAGUCGCUCAAGGAUCGAAUCGUCCAGAAAAUCAAGGAUACGGUGCACCACUAGGUGGUGCAUAUAGCCUAUGAAUUCUAGGUAUUGCUUGAUAUGAACCUUCGUCGUGUAUCCAAAUGUACUUGUAAAUGUAUAUCAACCAAUGCUUGUCGAUUCGAUGACCCUCUACGCUCAUGGCAGCUUGAUCACGCCGGCGAAACAUAUGCUCCGUGGCCCAGCUGGUU